AUGCUGACCUUAUCUUAUGUUCUCUUACUUUAUCAUUCAAGGUGGGUCGAAACCGAUGGGGGUCUAUCAGAAAUCGAGUUCGAAGAAAUAUCCAGGGGAGAUGGUGUUGUGGAACUUUUAGAGGCAAAUAAGAGGAGGAAAGUCGUCUUGAAACAGUUCGAGAGCUGGCUCAAGUUUGACAAUCCAGCUCAUAGUGAUUUCGCACUGGCGAAAGGAAGGUUUGUGCCACGUAGCUUGAAGUAUGAAACAGACGGUCAGGUUUUCUUUCUCAUCGGCGAUUCACCGGAUGACUUUAACAAAAACAGGGCUGAAGAGUACCUCUAUUCGCUACGGAAGGAUGAGUACAGUGGCAAUUCAGUUGCAUCCUAUGAAGUGCAAAUGGAAGGCUCAGAUGAAUCUGUGUUGCUGAUGGAGCCAGAUAAAGGCGAACGAUGGCUUGCGCUCUAUACUGACGGCAAGGUUACUCAGGGAACUGUGGCUACACCUGUCGAAGAGUGGGAAGUUCUGACCGAGAAAGGGGAGUGGAUCCCACCGCAACGUUCUUAUAUGCCUGUCGAGCUCUUUCCGGAUUACGACAUUUACAAAUUCGGUAGUUCCGAAUCGAAUCGAGAAUCGGGAGACCCUCGUCGUGGGGAUGCAAAAAUUGCCAUGGUGACUCUGAAUACGCCCAAUAUCGCGCAAUAUGCAAAUCUUGCAGAGAUUAGUCAAAAGCAUUACGCGAAGAAACAUGGAUAUGAUUUCUAUGUAUACAGAGACUCGACACUCGACUGGGAUAUGGAACGAGGUUUCUGGGAUUCGGCCGUGACGUGGAACAAAGUGAACGCUGUUCCGCGGCAUAUGCCUGAUCACGAGUGGGUCAUGUGGAUCGAUUCAGACGCUGUGAUUACAAAUCUAGACAUCACUCUGGAGUCCAUCAUAGCUCAAGGAGAGGGUAAAGAGUUCCUCAUCGCUGAUGAUCCUGGUGGGUGGCAGUUGAAUACUGGCGUCUGGUUUGCCAAAAAUACCCAAUGGACUCGUGAUAUGAUGCAGAAGUGGUGGCAGAUGCCGAAACAUCAGCACAAUAUGGGUGCCGAACAAAAUCAGCUCAUCAAACUGCUUAACGUUUUAGACCGAAAAAAAACGAUGUGGAAGCUAUACAAGGAAUGUGACUUCAAUUGUCUUCAAGAUAAUAGAUUCGAGGGUGUUUUUCUGAUUCAUUUUAUGGGUCUAUGGCCGGUCGACAAAGUCAAAGCGAUUAGAAAGGAAAAUGUUAGACAAGGCCUCACUGACAAACAUGACAAUAUUCUAAUCGGAGAAGGAAGUAAGGAUGAGCUCUGAUUCGAUAGUUAGGUAUUAAUUAAGUAGAAAUCGAGUAGCCUGUAGUGAAAGGUUGGUCCCAGUGGUCCACUACCACUAGUCCGGGUGCAGGGUCGACUACUGAUCCUACCUGUCCGAGCCCCGAGUGCAUUCAGUACCUCCCUGAAAAUGUUUGACUGUACACUUGAACGACGCAUAUGCCAGCCUGUCUGUUUCCUGCCGACGACUACAAUGUUUCUAAGGACCUACUAUCAUAUGUAUAUGUAUAUAUAAACAUACAUCUAUGCA